UAUCGAUUGCCCAAAACCCAGCGCAAACAAAAAAGGAAAGGUAGUUGUUGAAUUAAACAAUACUUGUGAGAGCUGCGUGUGCCACGUCUAUAAAACAAACCAAAAAGAAAACCAAAUAACCGACUUCAAGCUGUUUAAUUUACCUGAAAUUUAUAAGCAUACCACGGCAGACUUUAGCCGUCCAAGCAGCAGCGUUAGCAGGAUGACCGUGCACGAAUUCAAAGUGGAGAUGACUUGUGGCGGCUGUGCCAGCGCCGUGGAACGGGUCUUGGGGAAAUUGGGCGAUAAGGUGGAAAAAGUUAGCGUCAAUCUGGAUGAAAGAACAGUGACCGUCACAUCAAACUUAUCGUCCGAUGAACUCAUGGAACAGCUGCGCAAGACUGGCAAAUCGGUUUCGUACAUCGGUGUGAAAAAAUGAGACGAGUUUUUCAGCAAGUUUCAGAAAUACGGCAAACUGAAACUUGAAGUUUAACUGAGCAAGCAAUCCCCAAAUGGAUAUUAUCAUUGCCGUGGCCGUUGAUGUCAUUGUCAUUAAAAGUGGAACAUCUGCAGUAAAUCAUUUAAAAUACAGUGUGAUGAUGCACCCAUACGUUCAAUGAAAUGAAUGAUAUAAUCAGCAAUAAUAUUUAUACAUUUAUCCAAAUGAUGAGAAUGAUAUGAGGAACUUAUCUACAAAGUUUGCAUCUGAAUUUACUCUUGCUCCAAAUUUUAAGUAGUUGAUUAUUGAAUUGUCGUAGCUCAAGAAGAAAAUAUAUAGAUUUAAAAAGUUAUACAACAUUAGGUUCAGAAUUUAAAAUUCAAUUUCUAAUAGCUAAGUAGUGAAUGCAAUUUAUCAAAUAUUUGCCUUAAUAAAAUAUUUAGAAAUAUUUUAAAUAUUUCCAAUGUAGUUCAGCUAAUCAAUACAUAUAUAUGCCAAUAACCUUCUUAUGAUAUAUCAUAAUUACAAUAUACAUAAAUAUAUACAAAUUUUAACAUUUUGCGAUCUAUAAGAUUAUAAAUUAUGAAAUAAACAAUUCGUUUCGCAAACCUUAA